AUGGUUGCCACCCCUGCGCCGGUGCGGGGGCCGGCAUCAAUGCUCACAGAGAAGCAGCUGACGACUCUUCUUAGCAUCGAGGGCGACGUACAACUUAAGGCAGCACAGCUCAGUAUGUUGUGCUGCGAGUACCGGACGAAUUUGACACGAAUUUUGCUGCACUACGAGCCACUCAUGGCACCACUGCGGUCCGUAAUGUUUGCCGGUUUACAGAAAGUAAAGUACAUUGAAACUCAGCUUACAUGGUUGGAGCGCGUUAUUGUUCUUCAAGAGCGUCGUGGCGGGUCGAAGAUGCUUCCUCCGCGUGAACUGCAGGCGAUUGAAAACGACCUCAUGAUAAAUGUACGGAAAGAAAUGCAAGAAAGUUAUCAGCAGCUUGACGUUACGACAAAAGAAGAACUUGCAGUGUUACGCAAUUACGAAUUUCCACCGAAGCAGGCGUUGGUAACAAUGGCAAUGGCGAUGCGGGUGCGUGGAGAGGAGGAUACACGGUGGUCCAACGUGCAAGUAGUGCUUAGCGACAAUUACUUUUUCACCUUUUUCAUCAGUCGUGCCCAGGCGUUGCUCCUGCGGCCUCUUGCGGACGAUUUGCUGGAGGAGUUGGAGGUUUACUGUUCCUCACCCGAUCACGCCCCAGAGUCACUUGCCCUUGUUUCCGUACCGCUUGCCGCCAUUGGGCGAUGGCUAUGGGCAGUGCGGGAUCACUACCGUGUGAAGAAGAUUGUUUCGUUGCCCGACCCGCCCAUGACUGUAGAUGAAAGGCGACAAAUGGUAAAGCGCCUGCGGAACGAGUUACAGAUAAUUAAGGAGAACAUGAGUUCCGCAUCUGACGAGUUGAAUAAACUGCAGGAGCAGGCAGUUCGCAGGACGGUGGAGGUGCGUAACGAGUACGACGACACCAUGUGUCCGCUGCAUGACUCCUUUGAAAAAAAGACAGCAGAGUUUAUCAAAGUACUGGAAGGAAAGGAUGUGGCUGCUGAAGAGAAAGCGAAUGAACCCCGGCAAGAAGAAGCAGAAGAGGUCGAGCUGUAA